CUCGUCCACACAAGCUUGAAGAGAAUCCACUUGGACCACACAGAGUCAACAAAAGAUUCUACAACGGACAUUGUCACUGUCACUCGAGAGACUCGGUCCAUUGCAGAAUUCGCGACGACAACCAGUCAAUGUGAGCCCCAACCACACGAGGGUUCUCCCGCCAUCACCAUCCCUAGUCAAGUCUACGACCGCGUCCUUUGCCAGCCCAGCGUCAACAUCGAUAUCCCGGACGCGUUAGUUGUCUGCCCACUGCGCGCCCUAAAGAGAGAAAGACGAAGAGCGAGGUCAACACCACAGCAAAAGACAAGCCAUUGACGAGUCACCCUACAUCACCAACCACCACGACCUACCGAGCAAUGACGCUAUAAUCUUCAGAUCCCUCUGCCAUCACACGCGCACCCGCUGGACGACCGUGCCUGUUGUCGCCUGUCUUGUCGUCCUGGCGUCUGCUCGUCGGUGCAACAACCUAUAACCACCACCAUCUACCUACGACCAACCAUGCCUACAACCCACGUUGAGCCCACCUCGGAAGCACUGCUUCAAGACAUUGCCAAUGCCCUCUACAAGGCCAGGAAGGUCGUGGUCAUCACCGGCGCUGGAAUCAGCACCAACUCGGGCAUUCCCGAUUUCCGAUCCGAAAAUGGUCUCUACUCUUUGAUCCAAGCCCAGUUCGACGCCGCCGCCGCGGAAAAGCAGAAUGCUACCCAAGAAUCCGAGACGUCCGAUCGACCGGCGAAGCGACUUAGACUCGACCCUCAAGAGGCCAACGAGAAAGACGUGAGCGAGAAUACCGAAGUUGCAACUGCUACACCCGAGGACGCACAGAACGACUCGGAGCAACCCGAUACGAGCGCAGAAGACGAGGGCAAGGACAAAGACUCUACCCAAGUCACCACGCCCCCGUCCAAGAUCACCGGCAACAAUGGACAGCCCUCGGACCGGCCUCCCCAUUUCCGGUCCUCUCCGCCGACCCUCGACUUUUCCCACCUGCGCGACGAUCGAGGACCAUGUUCCUCUCCGCUGUCCUCGCCCCCACCGGUCAUACUCGAUCCCUACCGCGACAGCUCUACUUCGCGCUCUUCCCGCAGCGGCAGCGUCUCGUCCGAUUCCGACAGCGAAGAUCCCUCGUCCAUAUCCACACCUCUCCUCGCGUCCCAAUCGUCGUUCUCGUCCAAGAACACCCUACCAAACAUGAAGGGCAAGGAUCUCUUCGACGCUCAGAUCUGGUCGUGCCCCGUCAAGACCUCCGUUUUCUACACCUUCGCGACUACUCUCCGCCAAAAGGUCCGCGCCGCUGAGCCAACAACUAGCCACCACUUUGUCAGUGUCCUCCGUGACAGCAGAAAAUUGGUCCGUUGCUAUACCCAAAACAUUGACCAACUCGAGGAACGCGUCGGUCUAGCCACGUCCCUCGAACUCGGUGCCGGCAGCCGCUACCGCUUCUCGACGCGAAAGCCUGCGGGUGGCCGGCCCAAGGAUGCAGAUCAAAGCCAAGAAGAGGACCGUCCCUCGUCGAGUCAAGGACAAAAGGAGAAUGAGUGCCCGCCGGCGAGUCAACCGCCGGCGAGUCAACCUCCGGCAAGUCAACCACCAGCAUCCCAACACGAUGCUUCGCAGGAUACAUCCUCCCAACCGGCCGCCCCCAACCGCGGUGUUGAGUGCGUCUUCCUCCACGGAUCCCUGGCCGAGCUUCGGUGCUUCGUUUGCGCCCGGAUUGCCUCGUGGGACGAUGCUGAUCGACAGGCGGAUACCCUAGCCGGUCGGCAGCCGACUUGUCCCCAUUGUGCUGGUGCGACGGCAGCCAGAGAGGAACGGGGCAAACGAGCGCUGGGAGUGGGCAAGCUUCGACCGGAUAUUGUGUUGUACGGCGAAGAGCACCCACAUGCUCACCUGAUUAGUCCUCUGGUGCAGCACGACCUUUCUCUCGGACCGGAUAUGCUUCUCAUCCUUGGAACCAGCAUGCGAGUCCAUGGGCUAAAGGUGUUGGUGAAGGAGUUCGCCAAGGCUGUGCACGACAAGGGAGGCAAAGUGGUGUUUGUCAACUUCACCAAGCCUCCCGAGAGUGUUUGGUCGGAUGUACUUGAUUUCUGGGUACAAUGGGACUGUGACGCUUGGGUGGGAGAUCUCCAGAAUAGGAAGCCUGCCUUGUGGCUGCCGCCCGGUACGGUUCUGCCGGAGGAAGAGAAGGUCAAGACAAGCAAGGCGGCGCGCAGGACAGCUGAUAAGGGCGAGAAGGCGGCCGAAAAGGACAAGACCGAGAAACCCGAGAAGGCUGACAAGACAGACAAGCCUCCGACAUCAAAUAGGAGGAGGGAGAGCGACAACAAGGGGCUGAAGGCAUUGGUCGAGGCAGCUAGCACUGUUCAAGACCAGUUCGCUAUCGAGGCUCUGAGCGCCUUGAAGAAACACAAGGUUACUCCGGAGGAGAUGCGACAGCAGCAGGAGUCAGCAGAAACAGCGGAGACAGAGAUGCCGCCGCCGCCACCGCCAGUUACAAAGACAGUUACCAAGCGACCGACGAGAGCCCCGAGGGAACCCAAACUCAACCCCGAUGCGAAACGGCCAGCGUCUGUACGCGAUCAUAAGAACAAUGCGGCACACCUGGUUUGGAGGAUCAUGGGUAGUUUGGAGGUCAUCAGGAACUUGGACAACGAAGGGGAGAAGCCGGUGCCUGUUCCUGCUGAAACGACUGCUAAGGACAAGUCGAAAACUAAGAGGAGAAAGGGCACUGCUUCGUUAACGUCUCUCGAUGAGAAUGAUAAACCAAAAGCGACGGCUAGAAAGAAGCCCAAGCCUAACGGAGACAGCCAACCAUCCGUAGAAGUAUCGGCCAAUGAUGCUGGUCAUAACGUUCCAGAUCAAGACGACGGAACCCAGGUAGAUGUUGAAGCCGAUUCCAUCACAGCAGCGGUCAAGACUCGCAAGCGAAAACGGAAUGUCACAUGGAAAAUGAUCAGGGGUGUCGAAACCCGCGUCUCUCUCGAUAACAACGGGACAGAGGUCGCUCUCCCACCACCACAUCACCCCCAUGCUACUGCCGUCCCGGUUAACAUCCCAUUCAAGGCUCCUCCGCCUCAGCGUUCCAAGACUCCUCAGAUUCCCCAGCCUCCCCCACCACAACAAACCCAACUCCUACCACCAGCAACGAUACCCAAGAACCGAGCCCUACCGAAACCGAAACCGCAAGCUCCCCGCAACCGGACCAAUAGUGGUGCCAGCAUCCCGCCACAUACGGCGAUACAUACGACCGCCAUAUUCACCCCCAAACCCCUCGCCAACCUCGCCGUCGAGGUCGUCGAUAAAUACGAUGCCGGCUUCGAGGAGACUGAUCGUCUCAUUGCUAGGUACCACGCGCUUGCUUCGAAUUCGCAGUCCUGCCCCUCCACCCGCGCUUCCAGUCCCCAGCCAACCCAACACGAGACCCCCAAGGAACACCAACUACCGCCGCUGAACAUGAGGAAUCUCAACAAUGCUCAAACUACCGUCCCGAGCAGAGGUUCAACCAUCAGCAAGGGGGCCAGGAAGAGGAGUAAGACUCUACCCGCCAAUAGCUUGCUUAAGUUGCAAGUGUUGGAGCCCAAGUUCGAUACACCCGGACCGUUGUCAGAGAACGUGUUGAGUCCUAAUGUUGGGUCACCGCCGUUGGGAUUGAACGGACCGAGAGGUAGGAUGGGCUCGGUGCACCAACAGCAGGGCCACAACGACCAGGAGAAUCAGCCAUCGGGCCAAGAGCAACAUGCACAGCAGCUCGCAGACCAACAGCAAGUUUUGUGUCAGCAUCAACAACAGCAGGUUCCGCCACAUGGACAGUCAACCAAUCAAGCCCGCAACCCUUUCUUUUACUCCGAUCCUCUCGCGUCGCAAUUGAGUUUCCCUCCUAGGUGGGGGGAUCAACAGCAACCUCAGUCUCAAUACCAGCAAGGCGUGCCCCCAGCGGAUUACCCAAUUAGGUAUUGGAGUACCACCGCCCUCGACAUGUUCUUCCGGCCAGUCAUGGAAGCGCAAAAGCCGGCAUUGCAGGAACCGGAACAGAGCGUGGGCCUAGGCAUCCAAGAACCCGCACUUGUGCCCACCCCCGCACCCGCACCCGAAGCCGAAGCAGAAGUAGACGACCCCUGGAUCGAAGCCGCUCGCCGUGUCCGCCAACGCUUGCCCAUGGGAGGCGACCUCGGCGCGGCAGCACUUGCUCAGCUUGCCGUACAAGGGGCUGCAGUGCCGCCGGCCCUACCGUUUUCGACAGUACUGCCGGCUAAGGGUGUUCCGGCAAGGUUUUAUACUCCUUUCCAGGCUUGGCAGCAGCAGCGACUGGAGGAGAUACGGCAGCAGGGACCGCCGGAGCAAGCGGACCAGCAGCCUGUAGGGACUGGAGCCGCGGCUGGGGCUCCGGGGUCGACGGCAGGGCCGGGGUCAGCACAAGGUGCGGGACCGGGACCGGGACGUUGGCCGCCGGGUUGGUCGGCUGAGGAACAGCUGAGGCAGGAGGCGGCUAUGAUGCUGAGUUCCAUGAGAGGGAGCGCUUAGGGAGUGUUCAUGAAGGAAUGUUGGCAUUUAUGGAUGUGAUGCAAGUGAUGAGGGGAUAACAGUGUAUGACCAGAGGCCAAACAUACCACGUUGUUUCGAGAAGAGGAGGACAAUCCUGGGUAUGGUGGCGAGAAGAAAUUAUGCAUCAUCAUACGGAGUAUGAGUGAGGAGUACGGAUAAACGUGUAUAGAUAGAUAUCAGUCAUGAACUCCUGGAUUUUAUCAUGGCUGGUUGGUAGCAUUUAAGCACACGAGGACACAUUGUCUGUCGUUCGGUCGGCGUUCAGCGGAGUUGAUCAUUUCUACGGGCAGAUUAGAUGUACAAAGCAUCUGUCUAGUUCAAGUCACAUACAGUAGCAUUCAAUCAAGGCAUUACUGUCAG